AUGGUAAAGAAGCGUGUGCAUAAGGGAAAGAAGAAGGCCCGUUCUGAGACCUACAGCACUUAUAUAUUUAAGGUGCUGAAACAGGUACACCCAGAUACAGGCGUUUCCAAGAAGUCGAUGCUAGUGCUUAACUCGUUUGUGACUGACACCUUCGAGAAGCUCGCCACUGAGGCAGGCAAGCUCUGCAAGUAUAACAAGAAGGAAACACUCAGCUCUCGUGAGGUUCAAACCGCUGUAAGGCUUGUUCUCCCCGGUGAACUCGCCAAACACGCCGUCUCAGAGGGCACUAAAGCCGUCACCAAAUUCACAGGCAAACACCAUUAA